CGCGGGGCUGGCGGGGCUCCAGCCGCGGCGCUAUAUAGGAGCGAGGGAGGCGGCCGGGCUGCAGCCGGAGCCUCUGCUGCCGCUUCGGCCGUCGCUCGCACCCUUCUCGCUGCCCAGGGAGCUACAGCCUGCCAAGAUGUGCAAAGGGUUAGCAGCGCUGCCCCACACGUGCCUGGAGAGGGCCAAGGAGAUCAAGACGAAACUGGGCACACUGCUCCAGAAGCCUGACUCAACCAUUGACUUCAUCAUCCCCUACCCCGAGAAGCCAGAGAAGCCACCCAAGGCCCAGAAGCCCUCUCCAGAGGAGGCUCUGCAGUGGCGCGAUUCCUUGGAGAAGCUCCUGCAAAACCCCUAUGGGCUCGCCAGCUUCCGCAGCUUCCUGCGCUCCGAGUUCAGCGAGGAGAACGCCGAGUUCUGGGUGGCCUGCGAGGACUACAAGAAAACCAAGUCCCCUGUGAAGAUGGCAGAGAAGGCCAAAAAGAUCUAUGAGGAGUUCAUCCAGACUGAGGCACCCAAAGAGGUGAACAUCGACCACUUCACCAAGGCUGUGACCAUGAAGAACCUGGUGGAGCCAUCACCAACCAGCUUUGACAUGGCCCAGAAGAGGAUCUUUGCCCUGAUGGAAAAAGACUCCCUGCCCAGAUUUUUGCGGUCGGAGUUUUAUCAUGAAUUAAUCAAGUAGCAAUGCAGCAGGGCUGUGCAAGGCAUCCCUGCUGCUUCUCUCUAAACACCUGCCCCUUCUCCUGCAGCUGCUUUGCUUUCUCAAUACCACCUAGAGCACUCAGAGGUGUUGCUAAGCUUCUCCCCCAUGCUUUGGACUGUCCGGUGUCCUGGUGUUUCCUCUCUUACUAUCUCUUUCCUCUCCCACAAAAGACCAAUUUGCAGAAACUCCCUGGAGUUGGGACCCAGAGGGGUGAGGGAGCAGCCCCGGCUCUGCAGUGACCAGGAGCCAUGUGGCCAGCUGACACAUCCCUGACGCUGCGGAGCUUGGCAUUAGCUGGAGGCUCCAAGGUGCUGAUUUUGCCUUCUUAGGGCUCCUUAGAACAUGACAAAUUUUCUCAGUGUUUCCCAUAUUGCCAGCUUGGGCCAGGCUCGCUCCCUUCUCCCACUUUCCCCGUCUGCUGCUGAGAGUGCACAGGUACCUGCAGGUGCUCCCCUCCCUGGCCAAGGUGACGUGAGACACAUCCACUGCCCGAUUUGCGUCACCUUCCCUCUGAAAGCAGCCAUUCAGCAGGCACAGUAACAGCUGGCCAGGGACGGGGGCACGGCAGGGACACCGGGGACACUGACACGUACAGCAAGGAUGGCACUGUGACAAGGAGGGCAGGGACCGCUGUACGGCAGAAGCAGGUGCUGCAGGGCAUGCCUGGCUGGCACCAGGGGUGAGCAGAGCGAGCCUGUGGCACCUCUUCCCCAGCAGCUCCACUCGGAGUCAGCCUGUGUGCUUCCCUCUAAAUACAAAAACAACAGGAUAAAGUGAGACCUGUUGGUCCAAAACACUGGGACUGCUUAGCAACGCCGAACUCCUGCUCACUCCAACCUUUGCACAGUGCCCUGAGCUGCCAGGGCACAUCCUGUGCCACGUCCCAGUGCACAGCCCUCGUGGUGUGCUGGGAUGCAGCUCUGGGGGCUGCCACGGGCUCUCUUGUUGCAGCUGCUUCUCUCUGCGGUAGGCACGCCAAAGCAAUGCUCCUGCACAAACCCAGCAUCGCACAGGAGGAAGGGAAGGCGUGCUGGGAAAAAGAGAGCUGAAAUUCCAGCUGUUCAGGUCCAAUUUGAAAAAUCCAAACCAAACACACACCCACCAUUGGAAACGUGAAAAAUAACCCCCUGGCUUCUACAGCAGAAUGUAAACCCUGCUGAGUUUGUGUAGCCUGCAUCUCUCUCUGCUGUCUCCUCCUCUCUACCCAGGCCAUGUGUUUCCAUAGGCUGUCUCUAAAAAGGACUAGCUGCUUUCUAAUGAUUCAAAGCCAGCCUUCUGCUAAGAGAAUAAAUCACACCUGAGGAAGGGGCAAGGGCA